AUGCAGGGUGUGGUGGGGGUGAGACAGGGGUUGUCGUGGAGCCUGUGUGCCCUGCUCUGCCUCUCUCUCUGGGGGCUGAGCCAGUGCCGAGGCUCCAGACAGGCCAGAGAGACCAGGGUCCAGCCCAGGGACCAUCCCAUGCUCAGGGCCAAACGAGCUCCCGCUGAGGAUGUCAAGAAGUGCUCCUACACCUUCCUGAUUCCCGAGCAGAAGAUCACAGGUCAGUGUUUUGUCUUCUGUGAAGAGUCUAUUUUCUUUUUCCUGUCUUGUUUAUUGACUUUGAAUGAUUCUAAUGUCCAUCAUCAGGCCCCAUCUGUGCCAGUGCCACGGGCCCGGAGCCAGACAAGGAGCGUGUGACACGGAUGGACAUAGCUGACGUGAGAGAGGUGCUGUCCAAGCAGAGACGGGUGAUUGACACCAUGCAGCUGGUGGUGGACGUGGACGGCAACAUGGUGAACGAGAUGAAGCUGCUGAGGAAAGAGAGCAGGAACAUGAACUCCAGGGUGACCCAGCUUUACAUGCAGCUGCUGCACGAGAUCAUCAGGAAGAGGGACAACUCUCUGGAGCUGGCCCAGCUGGAGACCCGGGUUCUCAACGUCACCUCAGAGAUGCUGAGACUUGCCUCCCGCUACAAGGUUAGAACAUCAAGGUGGAACUAGAACGCAACGUGCUUAAUGCUACAUUCAUGUAUAGAUCAAAUGAAAUGAAGAAGCACGUUAGAAGCAAAUCAACAGUGCCAUAAUAUAGAAGCUUGAAAAAGACCAGAAAGCAAUCAUUUGAUAUAGUUUGAGGAUAUUUGGAUAAUCUAUAACUAAAUUAAGUGAUUUGUGGCCUUUUGUUACCUUCUCUGUUCUGCAACCAGGAGCUGGAGGGGCGUUUCACAUUGAUGGCGGGGGUGGUGAACAACCAGUCAGUGCUGAUUGCUGCGUUGGAGGAGCAGUGUCUACGGACCCUGGGGCAUAGUGAGCUACCUGUGGUCCCCCCGCUGGUCCAGGUGGUGCCAGAGAAUAUCCCUGUCAACAGCCGCUUUACCAACGAGAUACAGAGGGACCACACCAACCGAGCCUUCCCACGUGGGUCACGCAUGGACUCCCCCACUGCCUCCCCAUUUGCACUCAACCCGCCGCCACCGCAGGGCACGCUCACCUCAGACGGUAUGUACCAAGUAGCGCUGGGAGGGGUGGUUAAG